AUGUCCUCUCUCCUCAAAGCCCCAGCCUGCCCCUCAGAAAGAUGUCCUCUCCCCUCAAAACCCAAGCCUGCCCCUCAGAAAGAUGUCCUCUCCCCUCAAUGCCCCAGACUGCCCCUCAGAAAGAUGUCCUGUCCCCUCAAAGCCCCAGACUGCCCCUCAGAAAGAUGUCCUGUCCCCUCAAAGCCCCAGACUGCCCCUCAGAAAGAUGUCCUCUCCCCUCAAAGCCCCAGCCUGCCCCUCAGAAAGAUGUCCUCUCCCCUCAAAGCCCCAGCCUGCCCCUCAGAAAGAUGUCCUCUCCCCUCAAAGCCUCACUACAGUCCAGUUCUCGCCAAACAACUGGACAUGUGCUGUUCCACAGAGAUGUGUUAA